AUGAAGUUUGAACUGUUUCAAAAAUAUUCCUCCCCGGACACUGUCUUAUCCUUCGUGCUAAGGCUUUUGCAUAUCGUGGGCAUGAAUGGGACAGGAUUUCGGUCGCGAAUUCGAGUUGGUGGCAUUUUUCUGUUCUAUUUAAUCUUUCUUGUGAUACCGCCACUAACGGGCGGGUACACCAAUGGUCACCAGCGUGUACGCGCCAGUGUGGAAUUCCUGUUUAAUUGCAACAUUUACGGCGGCAGUAUGUUCUUUGCCUACGAUGUAUCCACUUUCCAAGCGUUCAUCCAGGAACUGAAGAGCCUUUCGGUUUUGGUAUGCUCACAUUCGUACAGACUAAAGUAUAAGCUGACCCGGUUCAACCGUCGAGCAGAUAUUAUCGCCAAAGUGCAAACGACCUGCAUGGGUGCUGUAACGCUUUUCUACUGGAUUGCACCGAUACCUUCCAUCUGUGCGCACUACUACAGGUUGACCAAUUCCACCGAACCCGUGCGGUUUGUGCAACAUUUGGAGGUGAAGUUCUAUUGGCUCGAGAAUCGCACCUCGGUCGAGGACUACAUAACCUUCGUGCUGAUCAUGCUAGCCGUCGUGGUUAUGUGUGGUUACGUAUGCAAUUUGAAGGUGAUGACCAUCUGCUGCAGCAUUGGACACUGUACACUGUACACCAGGCUGACUAUAGAGAUGGUAGAGCAGUUGGAAAGCAUGGCAUCAGCGGAACGAACUGCCAGCGCCAUACGCAACGUGGGGCAGAUGCACAGUGGUUUACUGAAAUGCAUUAGGCUUUUGAACACGUCAAUCCGAUCGAUGCUGAUGCUGCAGUGGUUGACCUGCGUGUUAAACUGGAGCAUUUCUCUCAUCUAUCUAACGAACGUGGGCAUCUCGCUACAAUCGGUUACCGUAGUGGUAAUGUUUUUUCUUGCCACUGCGGAAACUUUCCUGUAUUGUUUACUCGGGACGCGGCUUGCGACACAACAGCAGCUGCUGGAGCACGCACUCUAUGCUACACGGUGGUACAACUACCCAAUAGCCUUUCGCAGCAGCAUUAGGAUGAUGUUGAGACAGUCGCAAAGGCAUGCACACAUAACGGUGGGGAAGUUUUUUCGCGUUAAUUUGGAAGAAUUUAGCAGGAUUGUCAACUUAUCCUACUCUGCUUACGUCGUACUUAAGGAUGUAAUAAAGAUGGAUGUACAGUGAAUGUUUUUUUUUGGGCUUGGCAACGAAUGAAGUUUUCCGAAUCUAUAUUAGAUCUAGAAUUU